AUGGGGUUGUUUGGUUUGAAAGUAGGUGGUAAUCGUCAUAACAAUUUCCACGAACAGCAACAACAUCCACAACAACAGUAUCAGCAUCAGCUGCAAUAUCCACCUCCCAACAUAAACCAUUUGCAUAAAAGGUCCGAGACUACAAACUCAUACACUGAAAGUGAGUUUCUGUCGACUGGAUCUUCCUCGUCGUAUACUUCCACGGAAUCAAUUGGGUAUCAUCCACAUCCAAAUCAUACCAAACCUUCGACAUCACCGAGACCAGUGAAAAAAGUUCCCCUUGCUUUGAGACCAAAUGUGGAAAUGUUACUGAAUGUUGGAAACACCAUGGCAGGGAAUGACGAAAAAAUUGACACCAUGCAAAAUGGCAAUCUUGACUACAGUAACCCACCUCAACCACAGCAACCACAACAAAGUUUUCAGUCACGAAAGGAUCCUGUCGCUCCACUGAGACAAGUAAAGAGGGAAAGUGUGGUCUAUGCCGGUAAUUAUGGGAGUCAAAACCAACCUGUUUAUGAUGGCGGUAAAACUUCACAACACAAUAUACCUCGUAAACCAGUGAUUCAAACUCAUACUCCAGAGAGAAGAUUUUACCCAAAUUCCCAAUAUGCAUCAGGAAAAGUGGGUGGAAACACAUCUCCUCAGGAGAUUGAUUUAAACACUACACCGACAUUCGGAAUAUCUGCAAAUGCGAGUCAGCAAUCAUUGCCCAGAACCCAGCAAGAUAAAGGAGCAAGCAGGUCUAAAGGAAAUACACCAAAAAGGCCAACAGCUGUGCAAGGUGAGCCACAACAACAAAUCCCGCAACACGAUCCAUCACUGCAAUUCAACCAAAAUUUGUACUUUGGUCAUCAACAAGCACCACCAAUGAGACCAACUGCAGAUGCUAGUGUUGAUGACGAGGCAGUUUCAGAAGAAGAAGAUGAUGAUUCAGAAACAACCAGCACCAACUCUUUCCAACCAACACAGCAUCCGUAUUAUGAGCAAUGGAAACAGUAUUACCAAGCUCUAGCAAUGCAACAGCAGCAACAACAGCAGAGAAAUUCAAUGUGUUUUCAGAAUGACCCACAAUUUGCAUCCCAUUAUAAUCCCAUGAUGCCAUAUGGGUAUCCUCAAAUACCAAUGCCAUAUAUGAAUAAUGGUAUGAACCAAUGUAUGAUGCAGCCACAACAACAGCAACAGCUCAAUCAAAUGGAGUCGCAAGUGUUGCAAAAUCUGCAACUGCAAUCGUCUAUUACAAUCAAGCAAGGAGAAAGAAGAAGAAGAAGUUCGCAGAUUCCUCAAUCACAAUCUUUGCAAAACAUGGGUCUCCAGCAGCAAAAGGCAACUAUUCCUGGCACUUAUUGCGAAAGUGACCCACCAUUGCUGCAUAUGCAUGAGCAACCACAUGAUUAUUUACAAGCUUAUCAGCGCAAAAAAAACAUUGCCACUGAUAACGUGGUUGAAAACAAUGAACUUUUGAGAAACUCACGCAAGUCCACCAUCAAAUCCAACAGAUCAAUCUCUGAACCGCAGCAUGCUUUCAAAAAGACUGGUGGAGGAUACAGGGUUAGCUCAUUGGAAUCAAAUUUUAAGCCUCAAGCUUACAAUGUUUAUAGUGAGGAUGAUGAAGAAGUUGUUGAAGAGCCACCAGUAAGGGUUGAUAAAAUAGGGGUACUGCAAAGUAAGAACACCGACAUUACUCAGUCAAUGUCAAAUUUGGUGUUGAGCGUUGAUAAAGAUGAAACAACUGGGUCAAGACAGAUUUCUGAUUACACAAAAUAUUUGUUUGACGACGACGAUGAUGAUGAGAGUGAACAAGAGGGAUGUAAUGGUGAGGACGUGACUGAUGCUUCUCAAGAGGACCAGAACCAAACAAUAAUCGCAGAUCAAGCACCAUUAAGCGAUGCACCGGGUCACAUGGCAAUAUCAUUAACCAGAAAGGAUACUACUUCAUCAGAAGCGUCAUACAACUCGAUUCAAAAAGAGGAGAAUUUCCAAGUGGCGCCACAGCCACCAUUGACUAGUACCAAGCUGUCUCCAACUACCCCACAGAAGCAGAAAAAGGGCACCAAAGCCAAGGUUCAGCAAGAUGGGUCGCCAUCAGCAUUUUCACCACCACAACAACUGGAAAUAUCACAAAUGUCUCAACCUUGGCAACUGCAGACAAGCUUUGACAUGGGAAAUAACAUGUCCAUGCCCGAUUUAGGCAUGAUGUCACCGUCUAACCCAAUGAUGCCCAUGCAAAUGCCCAUGAAUAUGCCGCCCCAUAUGAUGAUGCCAUACAACAAUAUGAACAUGAUGGGAAUGAAUAUGGGAAUGGGUAUGGGAAUGAACCCCAUGGUGUAUCAAAAUGGUGGUGGAUACCCAGCACCAAACCCAGCAAUGAAUCGUCAUAGCAUGAUGAUGAUGAUGCCUCAGGAUACUCGACGUCAAUCCAUGAUGAUGUAUGACAAUAUGUCAUACGCUAAUAAGAGAAACAGUAUGCCGAUGGGGUUGCAAGGUAAUAGUUAUCAACAACAACACCAGCAGCCAAAAUUAGAUCCUGAAACUCAGAAACGAAUCAAAGAAUUCAAGAAAUUACGUAGUAAUAUUGCAUCAGGCAACAAGACAAUGGAGUAUCGAUUACUUUGGACAAAGAUGUUGAUCACGGCAACAAAUUUCAAAUUAUAUAAUUAUAUCAAUAUCAAAGGAGAGUUUAUUCACCAGCAAGCACACCUGCCACUGCAUGUUGAAAAUAAUAAGGCGGCAUUUAUCAAAGCAUCAGUGACUCAUAUAGUCAAGAUCGUUAAAGAAAUUGAAUCAGGACAUGGGGAAAUGAAGUCAAGUUUGAAAUGCAAGGCAUAUUUCAUCUAUGCCUGUUUACUUAAAAAUGACUUUGUUGAAGCUUAUGAACAAGAUUUCGGCAUUGGUAAAAACAUCCCCGCCGCAAUCAAGUACUUCAAUAAGGUGCUUGAUUUGAAUCGACGUGAUCCGAGAGUAUUGUAUAAAUUGGGUGAAGUUUACGAGUAUGAUGUGAGUGAUGAGGAUAUGGCGGCAAUGGCCAAUGCGACUGACGAAGUGACGAGUGCUAUUGAUAAGGCAAUUGAUUAUUAUACUAAUUCAGCUCAGUAUGGGUAUGAACGAGCUGAGGCGAAAUUGGCCAAAUACGGUAUCACGAUAGAAUCGAUAUAG